AUGGCCGUAGGAGCGCAGGGACCCCAGCGAUCAGAGCACGCCACGCCGCCCCGCUGGGGACAUAGUCCGCGAGGAGGUCGUCGGAGAGGCGCCAGAGGCCGCGCGUCCCUCUCUUCCACGCCGGUGGCUCGCGGGCCGCAGUUCUCCACUAGAGAGGGCCCCGGGACGGUCCCGGGAAGAGCGCAGAGGCCUCGGCUUCGACCAACGCGGCGGCGGCGCGGCCCACAGACGGCCCCGGGUCACCCAGGCACGGUCCGGUGCCCGCAACCGCAGGGUCCAGAGCUCACCGCCGUGCGCCCCCUUUCCAGGCCUCCUGUUCCUCCGCCCGGUGCAGCUCUGGAUGGGUCGCGUUCUGCGGAGUCUGAGACAGAGGGACGCGCGAACCGGCAGGCACCUGGGCUGGCGGCGGCGGCGGCGGCGGCGGGAGCGAGGGCUCUGCUCCGGCCCGUAAACAACGCGGCCCGUCAGCUGGGCCCCGCGCGGGCCGAGGGAAAAGGUGGCGCGGAUUGCGGAUGGGAAGGGACUGUGCGCUCAAGUGAGGCCCGCCGAGGGGACAAGCCAGCCGAGCGCGGGGAGGCGUGGCCAGGGCUUGCAAUGCCACGCCUCCUCGCCUCCUCGUGUGCAGCCCCCAACUUUGGAGGCCCGGGGCGCACCCGAGGUUCUCCCAACUCCGAUACCCCCCAAAUGCCUAUUUUAAAAGGAGAUAGUGGGCGCCCCACAAGUUCCCUCCCCAGUGAGCUCCUGCCCAGCAGCAUGGCCCACACCAGCUUCCAGGCCACAGCCACGUGUUCACAAUGCCGGCGCCUGUGUUCCCUGGCCUGA